AAAUAUAAUUAUAGAAACAUUUUUAGUUGUCUUAUGGUUUUAACUGAGAUAGUAGUUGGAUUUAAGCUUACGCUAAUUCAUGUUUAUCCUUGAAUCUGACUAUACAUGUCUUAGUCAAAAAUAAAUGUAAAUAAGGUAUAUUACAAGAAAAUGCCAAGGUAGUUUUCCUCUUCUGUUGCAUUUACAGUGAGAACAUUUAUUUUGUAAGCUCAUACUUGUCAAAAUAAAUCAUAUUAUGUUCACUUUCCAUGUACACCUUGCCCAUUUUUUAAUGUCCCAGGUAAAGUUUUCUCUUAUCUUUGAAGCAACUGACUGCCUCUUCUGACAACUCUCCUCAAUGCAGUGUGUGCCGUAUGGAGUUUACUACUUGAAGAAGUGCCUCAUUUAUUUUUUUCAUCUGUAUGUAAAUCUUUCACAAAAUGAGAGCCUAGCGGUUUCUUUCCCAUUCAGAGUGAUAGCAGACCACAGAGCUGCUGCCAGGCCGUUACUUUUCUAGAACAUUAGCCAACGCCUCAAACUCCCCCAGAACAAUUCCGUUGUGCGGAUCCUUUUCCCCACAGGGUGGCAAGGCUCGUUACUUCCCCAGGAGCACGUGUGUGGGUUCUCUGGUGGCCAAGAAUCUAUUUGUCAUUUCAGAGGGAAUAUUAGGGUGUGGACUAAAUUGCCAGACUGAUGAGUAGGAGUGUGAAGUGGGAGUUUCUAUUUCUAAACCAAAUGUGACCUCCUUAUUGGAGCAAGGGAAAGAGUGAUGGAGAAAAAAAUGACAAGAGGCCUAUGAUCAGGGAAGACUAAGAAGUACCAAAGAGCAAAACUAGGUGAGGAAGAAAGCAAAACUUCUGCUUCUGGCCAAGAUGGAGUAGAGGGAGUGGAUUUACCUUCUUCCACAAACAACCCAACAACAAAAAGACAGUACAUGAAACAAUUGUUUGAAGACGCUGGAUGUCAGACAAUGCAGGACAGUCAUCCCUGUGAGAUGGAAAACCAACGAGCUUUGCCUUCUUGGAUCUCUCAUUACUCAAGAAAACAUCAACAAGCACAUGGAGGGCAUGGAAGCCAAGUCACCAACUGACCAGUUCCCCACACUGGUAACCUUCAAGGAUAUACUUGUGAACUUCACCAGGGAGGAAUGGAAGCUCCUGGACGCUGCUCAGCAGGUCAUGUACAAAGAUGUGAUGCUGGAAAACUACAAGAAUCUAGUUUCCUUGGGACAUCAACUUCCCAAGCCAGAUGUUAUCCUCCAUUUGGAAAAAGGGGAAGAGCCAUGGCUGGUGGAGAGAGGGAUUCAUCAAGAUACCCAUCCAGAUUGGGAAACUGAAGUUGAAAUUAAAUCAGUGUCUAACAAGAGCAUUUCUAAAAAUAAACCAUCCUGUGACAUUAAAAUGGAAGGAAUGGCAAGGAGUGAUCUCUGGUAUCUGUCAUUAGAAGAAGUCUGGAAAUGUGGAGACAAAUUGGACAAGUAUCAGAAAAACCAGGAGAGACAUUUGAGGCACCGGCUUAUUCAUACCGGAGAAAAACCCUAUGAAUGUAAAGAAUGUGGGAAAUCUUUCAGCCGGAGUUCUCACCUCAUUGGGCAUCAAAAGACUCACACUGGCGAGGAACCCUAUGAGUGUAAAGACUGUGGGAAGUCCUUCAGCUGGUUCUCUCACCUUGUCACUCACCAAAGGACUCACACAGGGGACAAACUGUACACCUGUGGUCAGUGUGGGAAAGCUUUUGUUCACAGCUCCCGGCUUAUCAGGCACCAGAGAACUCAUACUGGAGAGAAGCCUUAUGAAUGUUCUGAGUGUGGGAAAUCUUUCAGACAGAGCACACAUCUCAUUCUGCAUCAGAGAACUCAUGUUCGAGUGAGGCCCUAUGAAUGUAAUGAAUGUGGGAAGUCUUAUAGCCAGAGAUCUCACCUUGUUGUGCAUCACAGAACUCACACUGGACUGAAACCCUUCGAGUGUAAAGAUUGUGGAAAAUGCUUCAGUCGAAGCUCCCACCUUUUCUCACACCAGAGAACCCACACUGGAGAGAAACCAUAUGAAUGCCAUGAUUGUGGGAAAUCCUUCAGUCAGAGUUCUGCCCUCAUUGUGCACCAGAGAAUUCACACUGGAGAGAAGCCGUAUGAAUGUUGUCAGUGUGGGAAAGCCUUUAUUCGGAAAAAUGACCUUAUUAAGCAUCAGAGGAUUCAUAUUGGAGAAGAGAUUUAUAAAUGUAACCAGUGUGGAAUUAUCUUCAGCCAGAACUCUCCCUUUAUAGUACAUCAAAUUUCUCACACUGGAGAGCAGUUCCUAACAUGUAAUCAGUGUGGGACAGCGCUUGUUAGUAGCCCUAACCUUAUUAGAUACCAGACAAACCUUAUUAGAGAAAAUACAUAGUAAUAUAGUGAAUAUGGAAAACUUUUCACAAAGAACAGUAACCUUAUUUAGCUUUGGAGAAGUGGAGAGGAGCUGUACAGAGGUGAUCCAUGUGGAAAGGUUCUCAGUCUUGUUGCUACCCUUUUUUUUUUUCUCUAGAGAAUGGUCUCGGUGAGGAGGGAUGCAUAGAUUUCACUUUAGUAUACAAAUAAAUUAAAUUUUCUUAUUUCCACAAAGUUCUACAUAAGUAAGUGGCCUGGGAGCAUUCUUGACCAAGUCUUAAGUGCUAAAAUCUGAGAAAGAACCAUUAAGUAGUUGAGUUGUUGAGAGAUGGUCCAGCUUUCUUACCUGCUUAAAAGAUAAUAAUGAUAAUGCUGCUUCAAGAAGAUAAAUCAGAGUUGUUGCUGAGAAGAAUGCAAAAUUAAUACAGUCAUUGUAACAAAAGAUGGAAAGUAAUAUAUUAAUGAAAUAACAUGUCAUUUUUACUUCAUUGUCCCUCUCUUCUUGGGUACUUAAUAUUGUUCAGUCUGUUUCAUGAGUCGGAUAUAAUCACAUUUUGGUUAGCCAGGAAAAUACUUAUAAGAAAAACAGAAAUAAUAACACAUUAACUAUUAGUAGUGCCCACUUAAAGAUACAUUUCCAUGUGGGCAAGAAUCAAAAAGUGUGGAUAAAUGGAUAGAAUUGAUUUGUUAGAUAAUGGGAUAAUGAGUGAAUUUAUUCAGUGUCAAUGUAAUAAUUUUUUAAGACAUUUUUAAAUAUUAAAAAAGGCUAUCUGGUUUCUCUAUUUCACCUUCAAGGAAGCUUGAGAAGCAUCUAGUAGCAACCUUUCCCAUUAAAUCAAAGUUAUUUUGUGUCAUAGAGUUGCACUAUUUGAGACAGGGUCCUAAAGUCUCCUUGGUAUUUAAAAACAGUUAUUCUGCCCUGG